AUGAUUUUCAUUCUGGUUGUAAAUUUUAUUAUCGCAUCUAUUACAGCUCAGUCACAUGUAUUUUUGCCCGAUGCUCCACCAAAUAAUUUCGAAAUAUUUUCUGGAUAUUUUACUGUCAAUGUUAAUAAUAUUAAUGAUGAAAAAAUUCAUUAUAUGUUAAUAAAAGCUGAAACAAAUCCAGAAAGUAAACCGUUAAUAGUAUGGACGGUCAAUGAGGUUGGCUGUUCAAAUUAUUGGUCACUAUUUGCUUCAUUUGGCCCUUUUCGUAUUCAUAAAAAUGGUUCAGCUGUGACAAUAAAUCCAGAUUCAUGGACGAAAGCCGCAAAUUUAUUAGUGUUUGAUGUUCCUGGAGGGUCUGGCUACUCUUUGGGACAAAAUGAAACGGACUAUAUGGAUGAGGAUUUAAUAAAUAUUUAUGAAGCCGUUUUAAUAAAAUUCCGUCAAACUUUUCCUGAAUACACGGCAAACGAUAUGUAUUUGGCUGGAUCAGACUCAUCCGGCUGGAUCAAUCUUUUAUUCGUUGAGCAACUUAUCGAAAAAAAUCUUUUAUCCGCAUGGAAUGUAAAGGGAGUAAUCGGUUUAAGUAUCCACGUCAACUGGAGCAUCGAUUAUUCGACAUUAUUAACAUACGUGUACAACCGUGGAUAUAUUGAUGAAAGUGAUUAUCGCUAUAUUUUAAAUGAGUGUUGUGGUGGCGAUAUCGAUAAUUGUUCGCUAUUCGCAAUGACGACCGACUGUGCGGCAUUUUCUUUAAAUGCAACAUCAAACUUAAUUUCAUCAGGAUUGAAUCCAUUCGAUAUCAACAAACCAUGCCAAAUUAAUCAAAUUGAGAGAUUUUAUGAAGUGCACAAGAAAAACAGCAUCUACAAUUUGGGAAAUGUUAGAAAUCUCAGAACGGAUAAACCUGAAUGCUACAAUUUUAAUGAAUAUACAACAUAUUUCAAUCGUAACGACGUCAAAGCUGCACUUAACGUUUUGCCAGAGUCUACAAAUUGGGUAGUUUGCAAGCUUAUUUGUAACGAUGAUGAGUUUAUUAAAUUCAGAGAAUUAAAUUACAUACAAAACUUUCUCUACGAUUUGGAAUCGAUGGCAAAAAAAGCGAAAAAUUCUAAUGUGACGAUGCUUUUGCUAAAUGGAGAUUCGCAAUUGCGCUCCCCUAUUCCGCCGCAAAGGCUUGGUAAUGACCUGGGGAACUCGAUGUUUUCGAAGAAAAAGCCAUUCUACGUAGAUGGAUUAAUUCGAGGUUUUAUUACGCAAUAUGAUCGUAUUAGUGUGGCGACAAUAAUGGGUGGCGAUUAUCUUUGUAGCAAUAAAGGCGACGCAAUGCUUCUUCUUCUAAAAUCGUUUCUUAAUAAUCAACCGCUCUGA